AUGGUAAAAGAAACAAACAAACGAAAGUUGAUAAGGAAAAAAAAAAAAUUACCAAAAUAUAAAUAACGAUCAACGUGGUAGUGUGUUUGUAUUAUGGCAGCUAGCCCAUUCCAGAAAGGCUUUAAGAUACAGUUUGUUAAAGAAAGCUAAUAUCUAGUAUUUCCACAUCCUGGUUUUCCCAAGCGAUUCCUGGUUUGGUUUAGGAUAAGAAAAUGGUUGACAAGAUAGACAACAAGGUUCUAAUAAGGGAAUUCAACGAAGAAAGAGAUACUCAAGUGGUCGGGAAGCUUGAGAAGAACUGUGAGAUAGGGUCUAAUAAGGGAGUCUCUUUCUUCACUAACAUGAUGGGUGACCCUUUAUGUAGGAUUAGGCUCUAUGCUGCUCAUGUUAUGCUGGUUGCCGAGCUGCGUGAAAAUGGGGAGCUUGUCGGAGUUGUGAGAGGAUGCAUCAAGCAUGUGGGGACAAAAUUUGGAGGAAAACAUGUGAAGUUGGGUUGCAUAUUAGGCCUACGAGUCUCUCCAAAUCAUCGGCGAAUGGGGAUAGGAUUAAGCCUUGUUAAGGCAGUUGAAGAGUGGAUGGUGAGAAAUGGAGCUCAAUACACUUUCCUUGCAACAGAAAAGAACAAUGUGGCUUCUACAAAUCUGUUUACUACUAAAUGCAACUACAUCAAUUUUAGCUCAUUAGUCAUAUUUGUUCAUCCACUUAAUUUACCUCUCAGAGGUCUAAAGUCUGGAGAUAUAAAGAUAGAGAAGUUGCGUUUAGACCAAGCAAAUUCUCUGUACUAUGACAAGCUCAGAAGCAAAGACAUUUACCCAGCUGACAUUGACUCCAUCUUGACGGAGAAGCUCAGUGUUGGGACGUGGGUAUCUUAUUUCAAAGAGGAUGAAUGGUUGGAUUUUAAGAGCAAUGAUGAUAAUAAUAAUGAAAAUGAGAACAAGGCGAAGAAUCAUGAAGAUGUUAUAAGUAAAACUCCAAGAUCUUGGAUCAUCUUUAGCAUAUGGAACUCGUGUGAGGCAUACAAGAUUCAAAUAAGAAAGUCAUAUCCUUUAAAGCUUAUUCAUGCAACUUUGAGCCAUGCAAAAGAUAUAAUUUUCCCUUGCCUUAAAAUGCCAGUAUGUGGUUCACUUGAAAACCCAUUUGGAUUUUUAUUUCUUUAUGGGCUGCAUGGAGAGGGAGAGAAGCUAGGGGAGCUUAUGCAAUCUGUAUUGAGAUUUGCAUCAAGAUUGGCUGAAGAUGUGAAGCAUUGCAAGGUAAUAAUAACUGAGUUAGGAGUUUCAGAUCCUCUCAUUGAGCAUGUGCCCAGAGAAUCCUCCAUGUCCUGUAUCAAUGACCUUUGGUAUUUGAAAUGUCUCAGUGGUGAUAAUCAUAACAAUGAUCAGGAACAGCUGAUGAGAAUGGGACAAUUGGGAAAUGUGUUUGUUGAUCCAAGAGACUUUUAGCCAAGAGGCGCAGCUGCCUAGCUAUGAUUUGCACUUUAUGCUGUGAAAAAGAUCUGACGCCUAUCAGUUUCAGUGGAUUGAGAGAGCCAAUACUGCAUAAUGAGAUAUAUAUAUAUAUAUUUAUACUUUAUAUAUGAUAUAUGUAUCUCAUACUUUUGUACACAUUUCAGAAUUAAGCUAUCGUUUAGUACUUUAUGUUUUCCUUGAUGAAUCACUAUCAAAUAUAUCUAUACCAAGACUAUU